AUGGACGAACUUCUCUUUAAAGUGGCAGAGGAUGUCAAAAACUUUUGCGUUAUUUACGUGGUGGAUACAACGGAAGUGCCUGAUUUCACGACGAUGUACGAGUUGUAUGACCCUGUAACAGUGAUGUUCUUCUACCGGAACAAACACAUGAUGAUUGACCUUGGUACGGGGAACAACAACAAAAUCAACUGGGCCAUGAACAAUAAACAAGAACUCAUUGACAUUAUUGAAUGCAUCUAUAGAGGAGCAAGAAAAGGCCGAGGUCUGGUAAUUUCCCCCAAGGAUUACUCAACAAAAUACCGCUACUGA